CUCGCGCGGAGGUUUCCCCGCCGGCCGCGUCCCGUCCGCUCCCUGCGAACCAGGAGUGCCCCCUGCGCGCCCCCGGGCUCCGCUCCGGCCCGGCUGCGCCAGACGCAGCUCUGCCCGACGGCGACAUGGGCGCCCCCCCAGUCCCGGAGGCUGGCAGCUGGCGCUGGGGGCCUGUGCUCCUCGCCUUCUUCCUGGCUGCCUCCCGAGGUCUGGUGGCAGCAUUCCAGGUCGCCACGCCGUAUUCCCUGUAUGUGUGUCCCGAGGGACAGAACGUCACUCUCACCUGCAGACUCUUGGGCCCCCUGGCCAAAGGGCACGACGUGACCUUCUACAAGACCUGGUACCGCAGCUCGCGGGGUGAGGUGCAGGCCUGCUCGGAGCGCCGGCCCAUCCGCAACCUCACGUUCCAGGACCUUCACCUGCACCACAGCGGCCACCAGGCCAACACCAGCCAGGAUCUGGCCCAGCGCCACGGGCUGGAGUCGGCCUCUGACCACCACGGCAACUUCACCAUCACCAUGCGCAACCUGACCCUGCUGGACGGCGGCCUCUACUGCUGCCUGGUGGUGGAGAUCAGGCACCACCACUCGGAGCAGCGGCUCUACGGAGCCAUGGAGCUGCAGGUGCAGAGAGGCGAAGAAGCACCAUCCAAGUGCAUUGUGCACCCACCCUCCUCCAAGGAGAGUGAAAGCAUCACGGCUGCUGCCCUGGCUACGAGCGCCUGCAUCGUGGGCAUCCUCUGCCUCCCCCUCAUCCUGCUCCUGGUCUACAAGCAAAGGCAGGUGGCCUCCAACCGCCGUGCCCAGGAGCUGGUGCGGAUGGACAGCAACAACACUCAAGGAAUUGAAAACCCCGGCUUUGAGAUUUCUCCACCUUCCCAUGGGAUGCCAGAGACCAAGCCCAGGCAACCCCUGACCUAUGUGGCCCGGAGGCAGCCUUCUGAGUCUGGGCGGCAUCUGCUCUCUGAGCCCAACACUCCUCUGUCUCCACCAGGCCCCGGGGAUGUCUUCUUCCCCUCCCUAGACCCUGUCCCUGACUCUCCAAACUCUGAGGCCAUCUAGACCAGCUGGGGGCCGUGGGCAGUUGUGGCUGGGCCUGGGGCAGGUGCAUUUGAGCUAGGGCUGGCCCUCUGAGUGGUCCCUUGGCCUUGGACCUGGUUUCUUCCCUCCUGAUCUAAGCUCAGACUCUUUGAAAUACUCCUGAAGGCCAGACCCUCAGCCUCUCUGGAUGCUACAUGGCAGAAGGGAGAAGGUGUUGGAUCGCUCAGCCCCUGUCUCGAGGAUGGUGGGGUGCUGGGAUCCCACCCCAGAGACCUGAAAUUCACCAGCUACUGAUGCCAAGUGACCUCCAUCUUAGAAGCCCCAGAACUGCCAGCUGUGUGGUAGCCUCUCUCCCUGGGACAUAAGCCUUGGGACCUGACAGCAGAGAUGGGCACCGGGCAGACUCCCCAGUGCCACCCUCCAGGCAUGAGACAUAGGACAAGAUGUGGAGAGACUCGUCCCCACUGUGGUGGACCCAGCUCCCCCAUCUCGCCUGAGACUGCUCAUCUGUCAAACCUCUUUGUAAUCAUGAGGCUCUGGGGCUGGGCCUGCCUGACCCUGGGCCGUGGGAGCCUUCCCCAGCUGCCUUCUACCAGCCAACUCUGAGGAGCCGUCAACAGGUUACACAAAUCUGGGGCUCCCACUGCCUGCACUCUGGUUCCCAGAAUUCAUUGGCCAGAAGCCCCAAAACGGGAAGUAUAUGCUGCGGCACAGUGGCCACUGUGAGCCAACUGGCAUCUUGGGCAAUGGGAACCAGGCCAGAGGUUGCACCACCCACCGCAGAUGGGAGUGGAGGGGAGAGCCAGGGGCCUGCUGGGAAGGCGAGCGGAGAGGGCUCCGCCGCCUGCUCCCUGCGGUCGAGAGAGAUGGUGACCACAUAGCGUACUGCUCAAACUGUGACACUCUUGGGGUGCUAUUCAAAACUACUUGGGCAACAGUGCAAAACCUGUGGGUGGAUUGUAAGAGCUGGGUUUAAAUCCCUACCCUGCUUCCGAGGUGCCUGAGGCCCAGGGAGCCCUCUUCCCCCACUCCCCAGUCUUUGGUCCUCUGUUCCAGUCAAUCUGUGCUGAGCCUUCACUGCAGCGUGAUCCUGUCGGGUGGGAGGGGCGGGCGUGUCCCUCGAAAGUCUUAUGCCCACUCUGCUCUGGACCCUCUGCUCCCAUCUCCCGCUUCAGGGCAUGACCCAAGUUUGUUUUUAUACACAUAUAUGAGGGGAAUCCUUUGUGGAAUUUCGAUUAAAGAGUUUUAAAGCAUG